AUGACCCUGUACGCGACAGAAGAGGCGAACGGCUACGCCAAUGUGCCUAGCACCCCUAAAGCAUCGACCAUGACCAACAAGCGCACCGGUAUGUACCGGUUUUCCGUGCAAAGCGUGCACCUGCGCGAGUGCUUCGCCGAGUUCCUCGGCACCUUCGUCAUUAUCGUCUUUGGUAUGGGCGUCAACAGCCAAGUGACCAACUCACAAGAAGCCAACGGCACGUGGCUCAGUAUCAACAUUUGCUGGGGUAUCGGUGUGAUGAUCGGCGUCUACUGCUCGGAAGGUAUCAGCGGUGCGAACCUCAACACGGCUGUGACAUUGGCUCACUGUGUUUACGGCCGCUUACCGUGGUGGAAAGCCCCAGUCUACAUGAUUUCGCAGGUUUUUGGUGCCUUCUGUGGCGCAUUCACGAUCUGGGUCAUGCACAGCUUCUCCACAUACCCGGCUGAGGGUAUUUCUAACUACACCGCUUUCUAUACUGAGUUUAUUGGCACAGCCAUGUUAGUGCUUAGUAUCUACGCCAUUACGGAUCAGAAGAACCGUCCUGCUGGCAAAUACGGCAACGCCUUCGCCUUCGCUCUCAUGAUCAUGGCUCUGGGAAUGGCGUUUGGUAUGAACACGGGUUACGCUGUAAAUCCUGCGCGAGACUUUGGCUCUCGUCUCUUCAAGCUAUGCGCCGGCUGGGGCUCGAAGGUGUUUACGUCGCACCAUUACUACUUUUGGAUCCCCAUUGCAGCGGACCUUCUCGGUGGUGUCGCCGGCGCCGGUCUCUAUCGUCUUCUAGUGGAAAUUCACCACCCCCAGGCGCCAUUACUUUAA